UUUAAGCCCCCCUUGAUCUUUUACGCUCUCCAGUCGACAAAAGGCAAAAAACAUCUGGGCUUCAAAAUAUCUCGCUCCUAUUCACCGCGUGAACAGUUGUAAGUUGCGCUGUGAGUGAUUUAGUACACAAUUGUUUGUUUAUAACCGACAAACAUGCCGCCGAAAACAAGUGGAAAAGCCGCCAAGAAAUCGGGCAAGGCCCAAAAGAACAUCUCCAAGUCUGAUAAGAAAAAGAAGAAGCACAAGAGGAAGGAGAGCUACGCCAUCUACAUUUACAAAGUGCUCAAACAAGUGCACCCCGACACCGGUAUAUCGAGCAAGGCCAUGUCUAUCAUGAAUUCGUUCGUCAACGACAUCUUCGAACGUAUCGCGGCUGAGGCCUCCCGUCUCGCCCACUACAACAAGCGCUCUACCAUAACAUCAAGGGAGGUGCAGACAUCCGUGAGACUGCUACUGCCCGGUGAAUUAGCCAAGCACGCCGUCAGUGAAGGCACAAAGGCCGUCACCAAAUACACCAGCUCGAAGUGAGCUGACUGAAGCCCAUCGGUUGUGCAGAAUAUACAACAACCACAAAUAUAUUUGACAAUAUGUAUAUUAUGUUACAUUGAGUACAUAAUUUACAUUUCAAAGGCCCUUUUCAGGGCCACAAAACGCAUCGAAUUUAAUUUCUGUUUC